UCUGCUCUGCCAAUCACAACUCUCUCAUCCUUUUCUCUCAUAAAGGUCUCUUGAAUUUUCUCCAUGGGAACAGUGGAACGGAAUAAUUGAGUACUUUACUUUCCUAAAGGCAAGCUUCUUGCGAAACCCACGACCACAUCUCUUAUAUCUCUUGUGCUUUGGUUUAGUCUCUCAGACGCUGUAGCUUCGGUUUCUUCAUUUCAACCAAGUAAGGACACAACGUAUGUGGCAAAACUGGACGUCGCUCAAAUAGCCAACUAUUAAACUCACUAUUAUAGAAAAUGAAAGGAUAACCAAGAGUUUAAAGGGAGAAAAGAAGAAUUACAAAAAAUGGCAUUUUUAAUGGAUGUUGCAGUAGGCAUUGUAACAGAAGUGGGAAAGUGUGUCUUUAAACCUAUUGGACAUCAACUUGGUUACAUUAUUUUCUACAAUAGAAACAAGGAAGAGCUUAAAGAGCAACUUGAAAAUCUUGAGACUACUAAAAGGGAUGUGCACCGAAGGGUUGAAGAGGCAAGGAGCAAUUCAUAUGCAAUCCAUGAACAAGUUUCAAAGUGGUUGGUCGAUGUGGAUAAUGCAUUAGUCCAUGAUGAACUAUCCAAUUCCAAUCCAUCUUGCAUUAAUUUGCUCCAACGACACCAACUAAGUAGAAAAACAAAGAAGAGGACCAUUCAUGUCCUUGAACUCAUAAACAAAAGAAACAACUUUGUGGAAGUUGGUUGUCCUGCACCUCUUCCAGAUACUGAGAAUACUAUUAUUCCUGAUGGUUAUCAAGUUUUAGGAUCAAAAACAUCAAUGGCCAAACAAAUUAAGGAUGCACUUGCGAGACCGGAGGUCAAAAAAGUUGGAAUAUAUGGUAUGGGAGGUGUUGGAAAAACGUAUUUGCUCAACGAAGUUAAGAAAUUGGUGUUGGAAGACAAAUUGUUCGAUCGAGUAAUUGAUGUGAGUGUAGGACAAUCUAAUGAUGUAAUGCAGAUGCAACAACAAAUUGGAGAUAUCCUAAAUAAAGAACUGCCGAAGAGUAAGGAGGGAAGGGCAUCCUUUCUACGGAAUAUAUUGGUCGAAAUGAAAUGUAAUAUCCUCAUUACUUUGGAUGAUUUGUGGAAGGAAUAUAAUCUUAUAAAAGAGAUUGGAAUUCCUUGUUCAGAUUCAAGUAAAGAAGGAUGCAAGGUACUUAUGACAAGUCGAUUUCAAAAUGUACUAACCAAUUAUAUGAAUACAAAUAAGUGUUUUGAGGUGACUUCUCUAGAUGAAGAAGAGUCUUGGAUGUUUUUUACGAAAAUCAUUGGCAAUAAGUUUGAUACAAUCGAUAUGAAAAACGUUGCAAAGGAGGUUGCAAGAGAAUGCGGAGGCUUACCACUUGCACUUGAUAUCAUUGCAAAAACAUUGAAGGGAAAACAUAUAAAUUGUUGGGAGGAUGCUUUAAGUAAAUUGAAAAAUCCCAUUGCAAUGGAUAUUAAAGAUGUGAGUGAUAAAGUUUAUGCUUCACUUAGAUUGAGUUAUGAUUUUUUGGAUGGAGAUGAAGCCAAGUUACUAUUUCUUCUUUGUAGUGUAUUUCCAGAUGAUUAUGAGAUUCCGGUAAAAGAUUUGCAAAUGUAUGCAAUGAGCAUGAGAUUGUUGAAAAUGGUAAAUACUUGGAAGAAAGCAAGAAAUAGGGUAGUCAACUUGGUUCAAGAUCUCGCAUCGUCUUCUUUGCUCCAACUUCAAGAGGUGAAGUAUCCAAGGGAUGGUGAAGAUGUUAAAAUGCAUGAUAUAGUUCGUGAUGCUGCAAUAAACAUUGCAUCGACAACAAAUGACAUGUGUACGCUGAACUAUGGAUAUACAAAUGAUGAAGGGCUAGAUGAGGAUAAAUGUGGAUCUUAUCGUGCAAUCUAUAUAGAGAGUAAUAACUCUUGUAACCUUCCUCCAAACGUGAAGUUUCCAAAGCUUGAGUUGUUGAUAUUAAGAUGUUAUACUCAACUCUCAAAUGUAGAUGCAUCUUUUGAUGGAAUGGAAAAUCUUAAGGUUUUGGACUUGAGAGACAUGCAUUUUCCAUCAUGCUUAUGGACGUCAUUAAAGCAACUUCGAGCAUUAUGUCUAUCGUCUUGUGAGUGUAUAGAUAUUGAUAAAAUUGGACAUCUAAAGGAAUUGGAAAUUUUAAAGAUUAUUAGGUGCAACAACAUCACGGAGUUACCUGUAGCUAUGUCUGAAUUAAAACAACUCAAGGUAUUAGUUGUGUCUGAAUGCUACAAUUUGGUGGUGAUUCGCCCAAACAUUAUAUCAAGCAUGACCAAAUUAGAAGAGCUAGACAUACGAGACUGCUUUAAUGAAUGGGGAGAAGAAUUAUGGUAUGAGAAUACAUGGAUUCAAAAUGCACAGCUUUCAGAAUUAAAUUCUCUACUACAUCUUUCUAUUUUAAGAUUACACAUUUCGAAGGCUAAAAAUAUUCUCUCAAAGGAUUUGAGUUCGCAGACACUAAAGAAGUUAAGAGAAUUCUUUAUAUUUGUUGGUACAACCGGGUUUACUUAUGAUGUUAUUGAAUUAUUGCGAAGAAAUUCUUGUAAAUGUGAGAAGAGUUUGUCAUUUAAUAUGGAAUCGCAGAUUGGUUCAGUUGAUUGGACUGUAUUUGACAUAUUAUUAAAAGGAACUGAACUCUUGACUAUUGCAUAUAAUGAUUCCACAGAUUUUGAUCCAAAUGUUAUUUUUAAAGCAAAUGGAAAUGGUUAUCCCUUGUUGAAGUGGCUUGCGAUUGAAGGAAAUCCAACAAUGUCACAUCUGAUCAUAAAUGAUUUCAGUUCUUUGGAGUGGUUGGGUCUUAGUAGAAUGAUGAUGUUGGAGAGUAUCGUUCCCAGACAUGUUCCAGCAAAUCCUUUCAACAAGCUUAAAGUCAUAAAAAUAGGAAGUUGCGAGCAGUUAAGGAAUCUAUUCUCAUUAGAUAUUUUUAAAGGUGUUUCAGAACUUCAAGAGAUUGAGAUACAUAAAUGUGAUAUGAUGGAUGAGAUUGUUUCAUCAGUAGAAAUUGAAGAUCACACCACCAGUUGGACUUCUCCCUUGACUUCCUUACGAUUAUGGGGUGUGGAAAAACUUACAAGUUUCUGCACCAAACCAUUCAUCCCACAAAAUCCAGAAACGAUCAUUCCAUUCUUUGAUAGAAAGGUUUCAUUUCCUCAGUUGAAGUUUUUAUCAAUUGAGAGUGGAAACAAUUUGGAGAUACUAUGGCAUAAUAAUGGACCGAUCGGAAGUUCCUUUUCCAAACUUCAAACAAUAAAGAUUGUAAAUUGCAACAAGUUGAAAUGCGUGUUUCCUUCAAACAUAGUGACAUCACUUGUUUGUUUAGAUGAUUUGGAAAUCCAUUCUUGUGUGUUAUUGGAAAAGGUAUUUGAAAUUGAGAAACCGACCUUUGGUGAUACAAAAGUAGUAGUGCCAUUGAGAAACUUAACUUUACGUUUUCUACCAAAUUUAAAGUACGUGGGGAACAAAGAUGUUGGUGAUCUUUUGGUAAUUCCAAAUCUAAAGGAAGUACGGGUUAAUGAUUGCCCAAAGUUGAAAAGUUUGUUUCCAGCUUCCUUCAACAAAUAUAUGAAAGAAGCAGAUGAGCAAAAUGAAAUAUUUUCUGUAGAUGAAGCAUCAAACUUGAGAGAGGUUUCAUUUCCUCAAUUGGAGGAUUUAUUCAUUGAGAGAUGUAAUAAUUUGGAGAUGCUAUGGUAUAAUAAUGGACCGAUCGGAAGUUCCCUUUCCAAACUUCAAACAAUGAAGAUUAAAGAUUGCAACAAGUUGAAAUGCAUGUUUUCUUCAAAUAUAGUAGCAUCACUUGUUUUUUUAGAUGAUUUGUAUAUCUGUUCAUGUCAGUUAUUGGAAAGGGUAUUUGAAAUUGAAAAGCCGACCUUCGGCGAUACAAAAGUACCAGUGCCAUUGAGAAGUUUAUAUUUAAGUCGUCUACCAAAUUUAAUGUACGUGUGGAACAAAGAUGCUGGUGAUGUUUUGUCAUUUCCAAAUCUCAAGAAUGUCGAUGUUACUUCUUGUCCCAAGUUGAAGAGUAUGUUUCCAGCGUCCUUCACCAAAUAUAUGAAAGAAAUUAAACACUUAAAUGUGGAAGAGGAAAACGAAAUAUUUCCAGUUGAUGAAGCAUCAAACUUGGGAGAGGUAGUACAAUUCCAGAGCUUGAAAAAUUAACAAUGACUUUGUAACCUGGCAGAGAAGGAGAGCUUUUGGCUCAUAUCAAAAUUUCUCAAACUCCAAAGUCUUACAUUGUUUGGGUCUCACAAUGAUAACUUGAUUACUCUGCCUUUGGAAAUGAAUGAGUAUUAUA